UAUUUAAUUAGUUUAUGGAUACAAAAAGCUAUACGUUUUCAUACUCCAAGCAUAUGUUGAUGAAAUAUACGCCCAAGCAUGACCUUUUAGCGCUGUAAUAUCCUAAUUCCAAAGAAACUUUAAAGAUUCGCAUACUCCAUAUAAUCAAUAUUCUUAAAUUUGAUUUAUCUGGAUUGGUACAACUAACUUGGUUGCUAGUAUUUUUUAUUUCGUCAUAUAAAGUGACAUUGAAUGGUUGGGGCGAGAGAUUAAUGGAGGAAUAAAGAGGAAAAGAUAAAGGUUAGUCAAUGAUAAGGUAUACCAAUCAAAACAUACUCUUUAAUUUCCCUUUUGUUCCUUUCCAUUUUAAACUCCUUUAUCAUUCCCCUCACGUUUUCAGCUCCCCAUUCCUCUCAACCUAGCCUCAAAUCAACACCAAAUUAUGAAUACGCUAGCGAUCGGCAGCCGCAUCAAGGAUUGCUCUAAAGGAUUCUGCAGCUUCUUCUGCCCGCAGUGGUGCUACAUAGUCUUCCCUCCUCCUCCGCCGCCGCCGUUGGAGUAUCUCCCCGACGGCGGUAACUCCGGCCCCGACUUCUCUCCCUUCAUCAUCACAAUCAUCGGCUUAUUGGCGGCCGCGCUGCUCCUCCUUAGCUACUACGCCAUCCUCUUCAAUUACUGCCGCGGCAGAAGAAUCCAAAGGCGCGGCCAAACGAGCCGCGCCGUGGAAGUUGAGAGCGGAGAGGGCGGCAGCCAGGAGGGGACAUGGUUCGUUGCGACCAACCGAGGGCUGGACGAGGCGCUGGUGAGGUCGAUGGCGACGUUCAAGUACCGGAGAAGGGAAAGGUUGGUGGAAGGCACGGAAUGUUCGGUUUGCUUGAGUGAGUUUGUGGAAGAGGAGAGGCUUAAGCUUCUCCCUAAAUGUAGUCACGCAUUUCACGUGACAUGCAUCGACACGUGGCUCAAAUGCCACUCCAACUGCCCGCUUUGCCGAGCCAACGUGGCUGGUCCGGCCUCAUCGCCGCCUCCUCCUUCUCUGCCUCCGCUAUCGCCACAAGGCGCGGGGGGGAAUGUGGAGAUAGGUAUUGGAGAUCAAGAAGAGGGCACGAAAGAUGGACGGAUUAGAAGAUCAGUGUCCAUGGAUUCGGUUUUCGAACGGGGUUUGAUGAUAGAUGAUCCAAGUAGUACGAGUAGGGCUAGAGAGAUGAAGAGAUCACAUUCAAGUGGAAGGUGGUUCGUCUCUAAAUAGGGUAAAUUAACACAAAAACUCUAGUUUUUCAUGGAAUGUUUUUAGUGGUGAGAUUUGUAUGUUGAGAUAGGGACUAGAUUGUGUGAAAAGAUCACAAAUGAAGUAAGGUAAAAAUUUUCGGAUAAUUUGCGGG